AUGUGGAAAACCGAGCUGGAGGAGAACAUAGAUAGGUGGCCCGAUGGACAGGGGAAGAGAGGAAUGGAAGUGUCGAGAGCGAAGACAGAGUGCAUGUGCUUGAACGGAGUGCCCAGAGGAAGCGUACGGAUACAGGAUCAACGGUUGCCAGAAGUAAAAGAAUUUAAGCACCUCGGGAGCACGUUGCAAGCGGACGGAGGAGUGAACGCAGAGAUUAGCAGAAGGAUUCAAUCAGGAUGGAACAACUUGAAGAAGAUGAGUGGUGUGUUGUGUGACAAGAGGAUCCCAACCAGAGUAAAGGGAAAGAUCCACCAGACAGUGAUCCAGCCUGCAAUGCUCUAUGUGUUGGAGACGGUACCUCAAACAAAUAAGACGACAAAGAGAUUGGAGGUGGCCGAAAUGAAAAUGUGCAGAUGGGCGUGUGGGGUGACCAGAAGAGACAGAGUAAGAAAUGAGGACAUCAGGAGACAAAUGGGAGUGAAGAACAUCGGAUUAAGACACUAUGACCCUCGGUCUUUGUGCGAGCUUAUCUUGUCUAAAGAAAUGACUUUAUCAAAUAUUUCAUUGACAGUUAAUGUGAACAACCAAAUCGGACAAGGAAUACAAGUAUUUUCUUCAGACCACAAUCACUGGACGUAG